GCAAAUACCUCACCCAGCUCACACCAGCUCAGCUCAGCUCAGCUCACCAGGCAGAAGAGGAAGGGAAGGAGGAGAACGACGGCGAAGAAGAAGAGAAGCAGAUCACGCCAUGCCAAGACAGUUUCUUGGUAAGAAGGUGAGGUCACAGGAGGCUCCACCCGCAUCCUCAACUACGCCAACAAGGGCGGCCACGGCGGCAGCCUCAAGAACGACAACAACGGCGGCUCCACCAUCGACUGUAAUAACAUCAACUGGUGCAGUGGCGGCCUCAAGCCAUGGACGGUCGAGGACGCCGACACACGGUGACUGUUCCACAGGAAUGACGACAGCGGCGGCUCCGUCUGAGGCUUCUAUAACCCUCACUAACGCAACGACUGCCUCAAGCCAUAUGAGGUCGAUGGCGCCGACACGAGGUGAGGGGUCCUCAAGACUGACAUCAACGGUAACUCCAUCCGAUGCCUCAGUAAAGUCAACUGGCGCAACGACUGCCUCAAGCCAUAUGCAGUCGAUGGCGCCGACACCAGGUGAGGGAGAUUGCAACCAGUGUAGUAACUCCAUCCACAACGAUUGCAACCAGUUAUAACAAACGUCAUAGUACUUACCACCUAUAGAUAUUUCUAUUUUUACAAUGGAGCAUGGAUAUAAUUUGGAAAGGACGGGAGUACACUUUUGAGGGGAGACAUGCAUUUGUGACUGGUAUUGAUCUCUCUGGUAAUUCUCUAUCUAGUGAGAUCCCUUCAGGGCUGACAAGUCUCAGAGGCAUGUGGUUACUAAAUAUUUCAAGAAAUAAUCUGUCUGGUAGUAUCCCCAAGGAUAUUGGCAAUCUAAAUUUAUUAGAAUCCCUUGACCUCUCUUGGAACAAACUAUCAGGUCAUAUUCCUCCUAGUGUCUAAAACCUGAUGUCCCUCUCCGCUCUCAAUCUAUCCAACAACCUUUUGUCUGGAGACAUACCUACAGGCAGUCAGCUCCAAACACUUGAGGACCCAUCGAUCUACGACAAUAACCUUGGACUUUGUGGCCCUCCAUUGAGCAUUUCAUGCACAAAUAAUUCGAGUAGUACAACACCAGUUGAGGGCGACCAUGAACAUGAAACAGUGUGGUUGUACUAAUCGGUGAUUGCUGGAACUGUCUUCGGUUUCUGGGUAUGGUUUGGAGCAUUGUUCUUUUGCAAGAUCUGGCGGUUUGCAUUCUUCAAUCACAUCGAUGCCAUGCAGCGGGUUGUUGUACACAAGAUGAAGCGUACCUGACUGUCUUUAGGACACUUAUCUGCUUAUAUAAGAUACAUCUCUUUGUUUUCUUUCACCAAUAAUCUGCAAGUAUAUGUGCUUGUAGUGUGAUAGAUUGGCUUGUACGUAGUUGUAUGAUGAGACCAAUGUCCAACAGAAUUGUAUUAGUUUUUAUUCUCUGAAUUUGUGAGCUUUCCUAGUACCAUUCCAUAUGAUUUUUGCGCUCAAUCUAGUAAAUUUUUGUGUUUUUCUUUA